AUGGACCACCGGCUCUUCCGGUUCUUCCGGCUGAGCCGUGACGCUACCCUCGCUUGGCAUAUCUUCUAUCAGACUCGCAUGGGGGAACAACCACCCGAAAACGAGCCAACACCAGAAGAAUCCAAGCAACCUCAGAUGGGAGAACGUUGCAACUGCUUGAAAAGGGGAGGGGGGAAGGGACAAAGCUCCCAAGCACAGGGGUGGGGCCUCUUUCCAUGA